AUGUCAUCACCGAUUCCGAAAAUCGAGUCUCAGGCAUCUGUGCAAGUCUACGAGAUGACCUCUCUUUACGCAAGCUCACAGCGCGAACUUCUUCCGACUCCACAAAAGCAUGGGCACCCGCGACAAUGGGGGAAGACACGAAAGAUGUAUGAUACUUGUCUUAUCAUCUUUCUGGAAUUCUUCACUACCAUGGUUAGCACCGCAGGAGCGCCGAUCUCUGAACAUCUCCACCGCGAAUCAGGUCUCAGCUCAGUUGCCGCAACUGCUUCACUAGUCUCAACAUAUCUUGUCGGUCAAGCAAUUGGAGGAGUUGUCACUCCCCCCUGGUCGGAAUCGUUUGGCCGCAAGAAGCUUUACGUCAUCAGCACGAUCCUCUACAGCAUUUCGUGCGUCGUGGUGGGAGCCAUGCCCACUAUCCCUGUCAUCAUCGUCGGACGCCUUGUGGCGGGCCUCCUGUCUUCUGUCCCGACGGUGAUUGCUGUGGGUAGCAUUGAAGAUAUGUGGGAUACGCAAGCGAGAGUGUGGUGGGUGUUCACCUGGGCAUUGGUUGCCAACAUAGGUAUUCUAUUAGGACCGGCGUUCGGCGGUUUGAUCAUUGAAUCCCUCCACUGGAGAUGGAUCUUCUUCACGUCGGCCAUUGUCACUGGAGUUGCAGCAGUGCUUUUGUGCUUAAUCAAAGAGUCGCGACCAUCAGUUGCCUUGGCCAAGAUCGAGGCUUCCGAAACUGGCGUCCGGCCCAAUAUGCGGGAAAAGCUCGACCUUGUUCGCCCUCUUCGACUCUUCUUUACUGAACCGAUCGUGUUCAUGGUUGCGAUCCUAAGCGCAAUCGCCUUUGGACUUAUUUACCUCUUCACGGAGGUUCUGCCAAUGGUCUACCUUCAGCUCGACUUCCAACAUGGCUGGAAAAACAUUCCCUUUCUAGGACUUGGUAUCGGCAUGGUCUUGAGUGUUUUCACAAGGGUUUACGACUCCCGUUUACUCGCCAAGAAGACUGCAGCCUGUCUUCCGAUCACACCGGAAUCAAAAUGCAUCGGCUUUGUCAUUGGGGCACCUUUACUGGCUGGAGGUCUCUGGCUGUUUGCGUGGACGAUCCCGCCACAGGUUGUGUCCGUCCAUUGGAUCUUUCCAACGCUGGCUCUUGUUCCAAUUGGCUACGCUGUCAAUGAAUUCGACCACGUCUUAGCCGGUUACCUCACCGACUGCUACGAGACUUACGCAGCUAGCGGGUUCGCGGCUCUAGCACUUACACGGUCCCUAUGCUGCGCCACAUUCCCACUGUUUGGUCGGAUCAUGUUUGACUCCCUCGACUUCAACAUAGCAACGACUAUAUUUGCCGGCUUAGCUACUGUGAUCUGCGUGGUCCCUCCAUUAAUGAUCAAGUAUGGAGGAUGGCUGCGGAGGAGGAGUCCGUUGGCAGCCAAGUAA